AUGGCGCACUCCUGGAGGCUGAUGUUUCAUUUUAUUGUUUUGGCAGUUUAUUCGUCAACAAAUGUGAAAUCUACACCUUUACCGACAGAUACUGAAUAUAUAUUGUCGAACAGAACAGAGAAAAAUGGCGGAUAUUUACCAUAUGGAUGGGAUAAAUUUUGUACUCUGAAGGAAGACAGUAAUGAGAAAAUUAAAGAUUUCUUUUGUCAUGUUAAAAAACAGUUUUCUGGAAAAUGGAGCUUUACGGAAUUAAGAGAACACAUUGUCAACAAAACAGUGAAAUACAAAUUUGAAAUAAAAUGUGAAGCUGGGUCAAACAUUUCUGUACCGUGGCCAUUAAAAGCAAGGAAUGUUUUACAACUUAAGAUAGAAAAUUGCGACCUGGACCACUAUCUACGGGAAUAUACCCAGAAGUUUAUUUCAAAUAUUCCGGAUGAACUUGAGCAGUUGGUAAUCAUCGAUAGUGUUAUAAUCAUUGAUAUAAUGGACAUGUUAAAUAUCGCUAUUAACAUUUCAGAAAUUGAUAAAGACUACGACUGUGGGCAUGAAGAAACAUUACAACGAUAUGUGUUUAGAAACAUCAGUUAUGCGUUUGAUAAGUCUAUGGAGCUUUAUUUGGCUAGUAUGUUUAACAAUGACUCAGAUUUCAUGUCCUCAGAAGUUAUAAGCACAGGAUCAGAAAUGUUACCACAAUCUCGUCAUAUCAAACACAAAUGCAUAUACAACAAACUCGAAUAUGCGGAUCUCAGUAUCAAUUCUCAAACAUCGAAAUUUCACACAGAAUUAUCCACAGAAAACGCAAUGUUUCCUUCGCUCAGGUUCUUCAAUUUAUCAAACACUCAGCUUCCAAACCUGGCAGAGGCCCAUAGAAAAUGGUAUCGUUAUUAUCAAAAACUAGAGGUGAUGGACCUAUCGCACAAUCGCUUCACAGAGCUAGAAUUUGAUCCAACGGCAGAUGUCUGGGACAUUCCCAUGUUGACAAUGAACGUUUCCUAUAAUAACAUUUCUGAAUUUAAGGUCGACAAACUAGAAGAGCUUGUGGACAUGAAAAAAUUGUUCAUUGAUUUCAGUCACAAUCCAUUAAAUUGUUCUUGUACAGAAGAAACAAGACAACUUAUUACUUACGUAAACGAUCAAUCAAAAUGGAUUCUACCGAAAUAUCAGAGAUACAGAUUCAUGAUGGAUUUAGAAUGCAUGUAUCCCGACGACAUUUAUGGAAAACGUCUCUCUGAUCUUAAAAUAGAGGAUUUAAACUGCAAGCAUGAGCUUGUAGAAAGGAUAGCGGUAGAAGCUGUUGUAUUCUUAAGUCUAUUGUCAGUUGCACUCAUCAUUGUUAUCAUAAUUCUACUUAAAUUCAGAAGGGAGAUCAGAAUAUUAACCUACACAAGAUUUAACAUCAUUUUACCGUGUCAACCUAUCGAAACAUUCGAAAAUAAGAAAUUUGACGCUUUUGUCUCCUACAGUAACCACGACCAGGAGUGGGUCACCAGUGUGUUUGAAAAUACUGCUUCUAACAACCCUUUGAAAAACUUUAAGUUCUGUUUACAUCACAAAGAUUUCAUGCCAGGAAAAACGAUUUUUGACAAUGUCAUAGACUGUGUAGAGGCCAGUCGCCACACAGUUAUCGUUCUUUCUAAACAUUUUCUCAACAGCCAUUAUUGUAUGUACGAAUUUCAUGAGGCAUUUCAGCAAAGUAUUUAUGAGAGAAAACGGCAUUUGUUGGUUAUCAUGAUGGAAGAUAUCCCCACCAAUGAUCUUCCGAAUGAUUUAAAACGAUGUCUAAAGACAUUUACAUACAUUCGAAAGGACGAUAAAAUAUUUGUCGAUAGAUUGGUGUACGCCUUGUCCUACAAAGGCCAAAAAGCCAUGCUUGUUGACAGUCGGUGUCGAAGUGCAGCUUAUUCCAAUCAAACUUCCUGUGAGACGGACAUUACGGAAGCAGGUAGUGAUGGAAACUCGAGCCCGAUAUCUAUUAUUGAUCGAGAUAAUAUUUUUCCAGAUUUAAUCAAUGAAAAAGACAUUGUUAGUGUCAAAAAUGAGAAAAACAACAUUCUGUAA